CCAUGACCUCUCUCAUUCAAACCGUCCGAGCGAAGUUUCUAGAGGCGAUCAGGUCGGUCAACCCACCGGCACGAUGGAAGAUUCUCGUUGUAGACGAGCACUCGCAGCGGCUCCUGAGCUCCGUGCUCAAGCAGUUUGAUGUCUUGGAGGAAAAUGUUACUCUUAUCGAGGCGAUCACGAGCUACCGCGAGCCUCAGCCAUCCAUGGAGGCCGUGUACCUCCUCAUGCCGACUUCCCAGAACGUAGAACGCAUAAUACGUGACUUCUCGAACGGUAGGAAACAAUACGCCGCGGCGAACCUCUUCUUCAUAGAUGGCCUUGCUGAACCGCUUUUUGAGAAACUAACAUCCUCGCCGGCCGAGCCACAUCUAAAGGCGCUGCAAGACCUCUAUAUCAACUUUUGGGCGCUGGAGUCACAAGCAUUCUCCGUCAAGCGGCCAGGCCAAUUCUUCAAUGCGUUUAGCCCACCAAGAAGCGACGCCACUUUCAUAUCUGCGCGAAGCAAGCUAGAGGAAGAGCUGAGGUUUACGAGCAAGAUGCUCGUGAACGUUUGUGUGACACUGAAUGAGCUCCCAUACAUCCGCUAUUAUUUCCCCUCACAUCACCCUCCGCUUGGUCCAUUGAAACCGCAUGAUACCACGCGUGCACCCCCGCCACCCGAAGGAAGUGGACGCUGGAGAACGCAACUCGCCCGCGGACAAGAAUCUCGUGCUUACGAGAGCGCAGAGGGCGACUACGUUGCGAAGAUUUUGGCGUUUAUGGUGCAGCAAGGGUUGGACGAAUACAAAAGGGCGAACCCCGAUUUCCCCAGAACGGAUGCGGGGCGAUCGCGCUCGACGCUAAUCAUCACGGACCGGACGAUGGAUACGUUGGCACCGUUGCUGCACGAGUUCACUUAUCAGGCGAUGGCGACGGACCUGCUACCGAUCGAGGAUGGAACUAAAUACAUGUACAAGUUCCAGACUGCGGCUGGGACGGAAGAAGACAAGGCCGCGGUCCUGUCGGACGCGGACAACGUUUGGACGGAAAUCCGGCACAUGCACAUGCGCGAGGCUAUCGACAAGCUCAUGGCUGACUUCAACCAGUUUAUGCAGGAUAAUGCUGGUUUCAAAGGAGAGGGCGCUGCGAACUUGAAUGACAUGAAGGACAUGUUGGCAAACCUGCCGCAAUUCCAAGAGCAGCGAGAAAAGUUCUCUCUCCAUCUGAACAUGGCCCAGGAGUGCAUGGGCAUCUUCGAGCGUGCGAAGCUGCCAGCGAUCGCUACCGUUGAGCAGAACUGUUCUACAGGCCUCACUGCGGAAGGCAAAACACCCAAACACCUCGUUGAGGAGAUGGUUCCCUUGCUGGAUAGCCGGGAAGUACAGAACGUCAACAAAGUUCGCAUCAUUGCACUCUAUAUCCAACAUCGCGAUGGUGUUCCGGACGAGGAUCGCCGGCGACUAUACCAGCACGCACGUUUGUCUAUGCCUGACCAAGAUGCAAUCAACGCCCUCGUGCAUCUAGGUAUCCGUAUAACCAGGGGACCGAACGACAAAGAUACCAAGAAGCGGCUGAAGCAGAAACAGAAACAGAGUAACGAAGAAGAGUACGAGCUGUCACGAUAUAAGCCACUACUGCGCACCGUAAUCGAGGAUCAUGUCAACAACAAACUAGACCCUACUAUGUUCCCCUAUGUAAAAGACCAGCCAACUCUGUCUGCUGCGCCUAGCAUCAAGGCGACACCUUCUACUGGCGCCACCUCACUGCGUAGCGCAAAACCGAGCUGGCAUCGUGCGGCGAAGCCCGGGGCAAGUCAGGAAGCCAAGCAACGAGUGCUCGUAUUCGUUGCGGGUGGCAUGACCUACUCGGAGAUGCGGGAGGCCUAUCAGCUGUCGAAGAGCUUGAACAAGGACAUUAUCAUUGGCUCUACGCAUACACUGACCCCGAAGGAAUUCGUCGACGACCUGAAGGUCCUCGAACUUGGCGGCGUCGGCUCGCGGGCGCUGCCGAACGGCGUGAGUGAGGGCAAGGGCCAGCGGCCCUUCCAGGAGUUCUACGACGAGGUCUACUACACGCGCGACGCCCCGCCGCCGCAGCCCGCGGCCCUCGCCCCACAGACACGCGCGCAGCCCGGACGUUCCACACGACCGUCACCCGUCCAGUCGUAUGCGAGCGGCACCUCGGUGCAGUCGACGGCGAGUUCACUCACCGAGGAGAAAAAGAAGAAGAAGCGGGGCCUCUUCCACUUCUAGAUGGUGCACACGGAUCGGCCGGAAUUUUUUAUUUGUGUUUGUUGUUGAUACUCUCGGAACUGAAGGCGCUUCUCUUCGCCAUAUAUCCGCGCCCUUUUCUCCCAGUCCCCAGUAACACACGACCUAAUA